UUUUGUUUGUCACGAACUUAUAUGGAAAGACAAGGGAGGCAUUUUUUCAUUUAGCCACUAGGUUCUGAGAGUAAGUAUAAAGUCAUUCGUCUGAAUCUUACUACGGACCGAUUGUGGAGUGAACCUAAGUUUUGAUCCAAGAGAAACUAAUUAUCAACAUGAAGCAGGCAAUUAUCUUGGCGGCAUUUGCUCUCGUUUUACAACAAACAAAAGGUGACUCUCACAAGCCGCAGGCCAACGUGACUUGUAACUCUGAUCACACUGUGAAUAUAUUGAUCACACACGUGGAUGAUGCAGCACAAUGGAACGCAUCAGAAUGGACCACAAAGACAGGCUAUGCAGAGUGUGAACCAACAAUUUAUAAAGAUGCUGAAACAGUUACUUAUAAUAAUCUUACCCUCCCCAACUGUUCUUUAGAGUCAAACCAGAAUGCUACACACAUUACUUAUAUACUCCGAAUAAGCGCUGUAAAAACUGCUGCUGAUCCAAAUACAGGUCAAUUGCGCGCUUACGACCACCAGUACUACGUCACGUGUACCUACAAUAAUUCAGGCAGGGCUCAGGCGAAUUUUGUGCCAAUCAAGAACCGAGAAGAUAACGAUACAGCGGACGGAGUUUUCACAUUUUCUCUCGUCGCGUAUAAAGACGCCGAAUAUAACCAGAUGGUUGACAACAGCCCUAUUGCUCUGAAUGUGGACAUUUUCUUCAAAGCUAAAGUCACAACUCAAAGCAGCGCACCAAACCUUGACCUGUACCCCGUGAGUUGUUAUUCAUCAAAAAGCAAUAAUCCAGAUGCUGAUGAUGAUGGUAAAUUCACUCUAAUAACCAACGGUUGUGGCAGCGAUGGAGUGAGCGAAGAUCGCGAUGACACAUUAGCAUACAACUGUACAGACAACAGCAUCACGGAAACAUUCUCACUCAAAACUUAUCGGUAUUUUGGAGCAGCUGCAAAUGCCCCUGUUUUCAUCCACUGCUAUUUCAGAGUUUGCUUGGCAGAUGGAGUCGAUACUGCUUGUGAAUGUCCAAAGAAUGCUGCCACAUGCGUAGGUAAUCGUACCGCUGAUCUUGCGCGUCGACGUCGUCGUUCAACCUCUGAUUUAGUGGACGAGUCGCGGCUUUACCAUGCUGUUUCCGGUCCAUUUACUUUUAAGCAAGAACUGAACAAAGAUGAAGUUGCAUCUGAAGACCAAGAAGAGACCAGCCAGUCUUUCCAGACCGUAGCAAUUGUUGGGGCAGUAUGUGGUGUUGUGGCUGUAGCUAUCAUCUGCGCUACCGUCUAUAUUGUCAUUCGCCAUCGCAACAAGCACGCGCCAAAUGGAGAUCUGCACGUGGUCACCUAA